GUACCUGACGCGGAGGACAACGUUCCAGACGCUGAGGACAAGGUUCCUGAUGCUGAGGACAAGGUUCCUGACGCUGAUGACAAGGUUCGUGACGUUGAAGACAGGGUUCUUGACGCUGAGGAUAAGGUUCCUGACGCUGAGAAACAAUUUCCUGACGCCGAGGAACAGGUUCCUGACGCUGAGGAACAGGUUCCUGACGUCGAGCACAAGGUUCCUGACGUCGAGGAAAAGGAUUCUGACGUUGAGGAGAAGGUUCCUGGCGCUGAGCACAAGGUCCCGGACAUUGAGGAAAAGGUACCUGACGAUGGGGACAAGGUUCCUGACGCUGAAGACAAGAUUCCUGACGUUGAGGAGAAGGUUCCUAACGUUGAGUACAAGGUACCUGACGCUGAGGACAAGGUUCUUGACGUUGAGGACAAGGUUCCUGACGUCGAGGACAAGGUUCUCGACGCUGAUGACAAGGUUCCUGACGCUGAAGACAAGGUUCCAGAUGCUGAGGACAAAGUUCCGGCUGCUGAGGAGAAGGUUUCUGACGUUGAGGACAAAGUUCCUGACGUCGAGGACAAGGUUCCUGACGUUGAGAACAAGGUUCCUGAGGCGGGGGACAAGGUUCCUGAUGCUCAAGACAAGGUUGACGCUGAUGAAAAGGGUCCUGACGUCGAGGACAAGGCUCCUGGAACUGAGGACAAGGUUCUUGACGCUGAUGACAAGGUUCGUGACGCUGAGGACAAGGUUCCUGACAUUGAGAACAAAGUUCCUGACGCCGAGGAACACGUUCCUGACGCUGAGGAACAGGUUCCUGACACUGAGGAACACGUUCCUGACGUCGAGCACAAGGUUCCUGACGUCGAGGAAAAGGAUUCUGACGUUGAGGACAAGGUUCCUGAUGCUGAGGACAAGGUUCCUGACGCUGAGCACAAGGUCCCUGACACUGCGAACAAGGUACCUGACGAUGAGGACAAGGUUCCUGAUGCUGAGGACAAGGUUCCUGAUGCUGAGGACAAGGUUCCUGAUGCUGAGGACAAGGUUCUUGACACUGAGGACAAGGUUCCUGACGUUGAGGAGAAGGUUCCUGACGCGGACGACAAGGUACCUGACGCUGAGGAAUAGGUUCCUGACGCUCAGGACAAGGUACCUAACGCUGAGGACACGGUUCCUGACACUGAGGACAAGGUUCCUGACGUUGAGGACAAGGCUCCUGAAGCUGAGCAUAAGGCUCCUGCCACUGAGGACAAGGUUCUUGACGCUGAUGACAAGGUUCGUGAGGCUGACCACAAGGUUCGUGAUGUUGAGAACAAGGUUCCUGACGUUGAGGACAAGGCUCCUGACGUUGAAGACAAGGUUCUUGACGCUGAGGAUAAGGUUCUUGACGCUGAGGACUAGGUUCCUGACGCUGAGGAACAGGUUCCUGACGCUGAGGAACAGGUUCCUGACGCUGAGGAACAGGUUCCUGACAAUGAGGAACAGGUUUCUGACGUCGAGCACAAGGUUGCUGACGUCGAGGAAAAGGAUUCUGACGAUGAGGACAAGGUUCCUGACGCUGAGGACAAGGUUCCUGACGCUGAGCACAAGGUCCCUGACACUGAGGAAAAGGUACCUGACGAUGAGGACAAGGUUCCUGACGCUGAGGACAAGAUUCCUGACGUUGUGGACAAGGUUCCUAACGUUGAGUGACAAAGUACCUGACGCUGAGGACAAGGUUCUUGACGUUGAGGACAAGGUUCCUGACGUCGAGGACAAGGUUCUUGACGCUGAUCACAAGGUUCCUGACGCUGAGGACAAGGUUCCGGAUGCUGAGGACAAAGUUCCGGAUGCUGAGGAAAAGGCUUCUGACGUUGAGGACAAAGUUCCUGACGUCGAGGACAAGGUUCCUGACGUUCAGGAUAGGGUUCCUGACGCGGAGGAAAAGGCUCCUGAUCCUGAGGACAAGGUUGUUGACGCUGAUGAAAAGGUUCCUGAAGUCGAGGACAAGGCUCCUCGCAUCGAGGACAAGGUUCCUUACGCUGAGGACAAGGUUCUUGACGCUGAUGACAAGGUUCCUGACGUUGAGGACAAGGUUCCUGACGCUGAGGACAAGGUUCCUGACGCUGAUGACAAGGAGGACAAGGUUCCUGACGUCGAGAACAAGGUUCCUAACGUUGAGGACAAGCUUCCUGACGCUGAGCACAAGGUUCCUGUCGCUGAGGACAAGGUUCUUGACACUGAGGACAAGGUUCUUGACGCUGAUGACAAGGUUCCUGAUGCUGAGGACAAGGUUCCUGACACUGAGGACAAGGUUCCUGACGUCGAGAACAAGGUUCCUAACGUUGAGGACAAGGUUCCUGACGUUGAGGACAAGGUUCCUGACGCUGAGCACAAGGUUCCUGACACUGAGGACAAGGUACCUGACGCUGAGGACAAUGUUCCCGACGCUGAAGACAAGGUUCCUGACGCUGAGGACAAGGUUUCUGACGUCGACGACAAGGUUCCUAACGUUCAGGACAAGGUUCCGGAUGCUGAGGAGGUUUCUGACGUUGAGGACAAAGUUCCGACGUCGAGGAAAAGGUUCCUGAUGUUGAGGACAAAAUUCCUGACGCGGAGGGCAAGGCUCCUGACGCUGAGAACAAGGUUCCUGACGUUGAGGACAAGGUUCCUGAUGUUGAGGACAAGGCUCCUGACGUCGAGGACAAGGUUCCUGACGCUGAGGACAAAGUUACUGAUGCUGAGCACAAGCUUCCUGACACCGACGAGAAGGUACCUUACGCUGAGGACGAGGUUGCUGACGGUGAGGACAAGGUUGCUGACGCUGAGAACAAGGUUUUUCACGCUGAUGACAAAGUUCCUGACGUUGAGGACAAGGUUCCUGACGCUGAGGACAAGAUUCCUGACGAUGAGGAGGAGGUUCCUAACGUUGAGGACAAGGUACCUGACGCUGACGACAAGGUUCUUGACGUUGAGGACAAGGUUCCUGACGUCGAGGACAAGGCUCCUCACGUCGAGGACAAGGUUCCUGACGCUGAGGACAAAGUUCCUGAUGCUGAGCACAAGCUUCGUGACACUGAGGACAAGGUACCUGACGCUGAGGACAAGGUUCUUCACGCUGAUGACAAGAUUCCUGACGUUGAGGAAGAGGUUCCUGACUCUGAGGACAAGGUUCCUGACGCCGAGGACAAGGAGGACAAGGUUCCUGACGUCGAGGACAACGUUCCUAACGUCGAGGACAACGUUCCUGACGCUGAGGACAAGCUUCCUGAUGCUGAGCACAAGGUUCCUGACACUGAGGACAAGGUUCUUGACGCUGAUGACAAGGUUCCUGAUGCUGAGGACAAGGUUCCUGAUGCUGAGGACAAGGUUCCUGAAGUUGAGGACAAGGUUCCUGACGCGGACGACAAGGUACCUGACUCUGAGGAAUAGGUUCCUGACACUGAGGACAAGGUACCUAACGCUGAGGACACGGUUCCUGACGCUGAGGACAAGGUUCCUGACGUUGAGGACAAGGCUCCUGAAGCUGAGCAUAAGGCUGCUGGCACUGAGGACAAGGUUCUUGACGCUGAUGACAAGGUUCGUGACGCUAACGACAAGGUUCGUGACGUUGAGAACAAGCUUCCUGACGUUGAGGAGAAAGCUCCUGACGUUGAAGGCAAGGUUCUUGACGCUGAGGAUAAGGUUCUUGACGCUGAGGACUAGGUUCCUGACGCUGAGGAACAGGUUCCUGACGCCGAGGAACAGGUUCCUGACGCUGAGGAACAGGUCCCUGACGCUGAGGAACAGGUUCCUGAUGUCGAGCACAAGGUUCCUGACGUCGAGGAAAAGGAUUCUGACGUUGAGGAUAAGGUUCCUGACGGUGAGGACAAGGUUCGUGACGCUGAGGACAAGGUACCUGACGAUGAGGACAAGGUUCCUGACGCUGAGGACAAGGUUCCUGACGCUGAGGACAAGAUUCCUGACGUUGUGCACAAGGUUCCUAACGUUGUGCACAAGGUUCCUAACGUUGAGGGAGAAGGUACCUGACGCUGAAGACAAGGUUCUUGACGUUGAGGACAAGGCUCCUGACGUCGAGGACAAGGUUCCUGACGUCGAGGACAAGGUUCCUGACGCUGCGGACAAGGUUCCGGACGCUGAGGACAAGGUUCCGGAUGCUGAGGACAAAGUUCCGGAUGCUGAGAAAAAGGCUUCUGACGUUGAGGGCAAAGUUCCUGACGUCGAGGACAAGGUUCCUGACGUUCAGGACAAGGUUCCUGACGCGGAGGAGAAGGCUGCUGAUCCUGAAGACAAGGUUGUUGACGCUGAUGAAAAGGUUCCUGACGUCGAGGACAAGGCUCCUCACGUUGAGGACAAGGCUCCUCACGUCGAGGACAAGGUUCCUGACGCUGAGGAGAAAGUUCCUGAUGCUGAGCACAAGCUUCCUGACACUGAGGACAAGGUACCUAACGCUGAGGACAAGGUUCCUUACGCUGAGGACAAGGUUCUUGACGCUGAUGACAAGGUUCCUGACGUUGAGGACAAGGUUCCUGACGCUGAGGACAAGGUUCCUGACGCUGACGACAAGGAGGACAAGGUUCCUGACGUCGAGAACAAGGUUCCUAACGUUGAGGACAAGGUUCCUGACGCUGAGGAGAAGGUUCCUGACGCUGAGCACAAGGUUCCUGACACUGAGGACAAGGUUCUUGACGCUGAUGAGAAGGUUCCUGAUGCUGAGGACAAGGUUCCUGAUGCUGAGGACAAGGUUCCUGACACUGAGGACAAGGUUCCUGACGUUGAGGACAAGGUUCCUGACGUGAAGGACAAGGUACCUGACGCUGAGGAGAAGGUUCCUUACGCUGAGGACAAGGUUCUUGACGCUGAUGACAAGGUUCCUGAUGUUGAGGACAAGGUUCCUGACGCUGAGGACAAGGUUCCUGACGCUGAGGACAAAGUUCCUGAUGCUGAGCACAAGCUUCCUGACACUAAGGACAAGGUACCUAACGCUGAGGACAAGGUUCCUUACGCUGAGGACAAGGUUCUAGACGCUGAUGACAAGGUUCCUGACGUUGAGGACAAGGUUCCUGACGCUGAGGACAAGGUUCCUGACGCUGACGACAAGGACAAGGUUCCUGACGUCGAGAACAAGGUUCCUGACGCUGACGACAAGGUUCUUGACGCUGAGGAGAAGGUUCCUGACGCUGAGCACAAGGUUCCUGUAGCUGAAGACAAGGUUCCUGAAGCUGAAGACAAGGUUCCUGAUGCUGAGGACAAGGUUCCUGAUGCUGAGGACAAGGUUCCUGACACUGAGGACAAGGUUCCUGACGUUGAGGACAAGGUUCCUGACGUGGAGGACAAGGUACCUGACGCUGAGGACAAGGUUCCUGAUGCAGAGGACAAGGUACCUAACGCUGAGGACACAGUUCCUGACGCUGAGGGCAAGGUUCCUGACGUUGAGGACAAGGUUCCUGACGCUGAGCACAAGGCUCCUGGCACUGAGGGCAAGGUUUUUGACGCUGAUGACAAGGUUCGUGACGCUGAGGACAAAAUUCCUGACGUUGAGAACAAGGUUCCUGACGUUGAGGACAAGGUUCGUGACGUUGAGGACAAGGUUCCUGACGUUGAGGACAAGGUUUCUGACGCUCAGCACAAGUUCCUGGCACUGAGGACAAGGUACCUGACGCUGAGGACAAGGUUCCUGAUGCUGAGGACAAGGUUCCUCACGUCGAGGUCAAGGAUCCUAACGCUGAGGACAAGGUUCCUGACGUUGAGGACAAGGUUCCAGACGCUGAGGAAAAGGUUGUUGACGGUGAGGACAAGGUUCCUGACGCUGAGGACAAGGUUCCUGACGCUGAUGACAAGGUUCCUGACGUUGAAGACAAGGUUCUUGACGUUGAAGACAAGGUUCCUGACGCUGAAGAACAGGUUCCUGACGUCGAGCACAAGGUUCCUGACGUCGAGGAAAAGGUUUCUGACGUUGAGGACAAGGUUCCUGACGCUGAGCACAAGGUUCCUGACACUGAGGACAAGGUACCUGAUGCUGAGGACAAUGUUCCUGACGCUGAAGACAAGGUUCCUGACGCUGAGGACAAGGUUUCUGACGUCGAGGACAAGGUUCCUAACGUUGAGGACAAGGUAUCUGACGCUGAGGAAAAGGUUCUUGACGCUGAUGACAAGGUUCCUGUCAAUGAGGACAAGGUUCUUGACGCUGAUGACAAGGUACCUGACGCUGAGGGAAAGGUUCUUGACGCUGAUGACAAGGUUCCUGUCAAUGAGGACAAGGUUCCUGACGCUGAGUACAAGGUUGCUGAUGCUGAGGACAAGGUUCCGGAUGCUGAGGAGGUUUCUGAAAUUGAGGACAAAGUUCCGACGUCGAGGAAAAGGUUCCUGAUGUUGAGGACAAGGUUCCUGACGGGGAGGGCAAGGUUCCUGACGUUGAGAACAAGGUUCCUGACGUUGAGGACAAGGUUCCUGACGUCGAGGACAAGGCUCCUGACGUUGAGGACAAGGUUCCUGACACUGAGGACAAAGUUCCUGAUGCUGAGCACAAGCUUCCUGACACUGACGACAAGGUACCUUACGCUGAGGACAAGGUUGCUGAGGCUGAGGACAAGGUUUUUCACGCUGAUGACAAGGUUCCUGACGUUGAGGACAAGGUUCCUGACGCUGAGCAGAAGGCUCCUGGCACUGAGGACAAGGUUCUUGACGCUGAUGACAAGGUUCGUGACGCUGAGGACAAGGUUCCUGAUGCUGAGUACAAGGUUCCUGACGUGGAGGACAAGGUUUCUGACAUUGAGGAGAAGGUUCCUGACGCUGAGGACAAGGUUUCUGACGCUCAGCACAAGUUGCUGACACUGAGGACAAGGUACCUGACGCUGAAGACAAGGUUCCUCACGCGGAGGACAAUGUUCCUGACGCUGAUGACAAGGUUCCUGACGUUGAAGACAAGGUUCUUGACGCUGUGGAUACGGUUUUGACGCUGAAGACAAGGUUCCUGACGCUGAGGAAAAGGUUCCUGACGUCGAGCACAAGGUUCCUGAUGUCGAGGAAAAGGUUCCUGCCGUUGAGGACAAGGUUCCUAAUGCUGAGGACAAGGUUCCUGAUGCUAAGCACAAGGUUCCUGACACUGAGGACAAGGUUCUUGACGCUGAUGAGAAUGUUCCUGACGCUGAGGACAAGGUUCCUGACGUUGAGGACAAGGUUCCUGACGUUGAGGACAAGGUUCCUGACGUCGAGGAGAAGGUUCCUGACGUUGAGGACAAGGUUUGUAAUGCUGAGAACAAGGUUCCUGACGCUAAGGACAAGGUUCCUGACGCUGAGGACAAGGUUCCUGACGCUGAGGAGAAGGUUCCUGACGCUGAGGACAAGGUUCCUCAGAUGCACGGAGGUCGUCGUACAUGCUCGUCACUCAAACUUGUAAGUUAUGAUGUAGUUUUUAUUUGACAGCUAGAGAAGUGAGAGAACUUAAAGCGUAGAUACUGUACCAUGUAUUAAACAUGCUCUUAAUAAACCUAUUACUAUUAUAUUAUUUUAUUUGAAUCUAGUUUUUCGUGAAAUUGCUUUUUUUAAGACACGUGAAUCGUGAAACGGCUUUUUUUUGUUGUGAAACGUGAUCCAUACUCCCUCCCCCCUUUGCCACCCUCAACUUUCGCUGAUUUGCACGAGGGGCGUGUUCAUUACAUCAAUAUAAAAAUAUAUACAAAAAUAUUUACAAAAAUUAACCUAUUAGUAUGGCUUCCUUCAGCCAAGGAUUUAGGAUUAAUAAGGGACACCAACAUGUCAUACGAUUGCCAUAUCUCCGAAUUAGUCUCCUCUUGCAUGUCCAAAUUGUCACAGAUCAACCGAGUAAGCAAAUAUUUUGAUAAAGAAACUAUAUCCCUCUUGGUAUCAGCAUUGGUAAUGAACAAACUCCUUUAUUGCUCCUCUGCUUGGUCGGACACUUUGGCCAAAAAUAUUAAGAAGCUACAACUGGUACAAAACUUCGCGUGCAGGAUCGUGACAAACAGCAAGAAGUUCGAUCAUAUCUCACCAAAACUGCGAGAACUGAAUUGGCUUCCAGUUUAG